AUGGCCAGCCAUGAUUCUGCAUCGGAAGAAGAUCUAGAAAUUGCCAGAAUUUUAGACGAAAGACAUUCUAAAAACACGACCAAAAGUACUAAAACGGCAUUGAAAGCAUUUGUAAAAGCUGCCGGAAAUGUAGCCGAGUUACAAGACAAAGAAGUUUUGGAUAAAAGUCUGGCAAAAUUUUAUGCGAACGCCGAAAAGAAAGACGGCUCAAAGUAUAAAGCAAAUGCUAUGCUAACGCUUCGGCAAGGUCUAAGACGCCAUUAUUUGGACAAGUUUGGAUUUGAUAUUGUUAAUGGAACAAUUGCUCUCCUGCCAGCUAACUGAGCUAAGAAUUAAGAAUAGACACAUACAGCUUUUGUGUGGGAGAAUGGGUUAUGGGGGUGAAGUACUCCUGUUACAAUAAGUGUCACAUUAUAUGUAUAUUUAACCCAAUAGACUCUUUAUGGCCUUAUAUUUCAUCCUGCGGGGUAUAUAUAAGGCCCGCUCUGAUAACCCUAGGGGUAAUGGUCCCUAGGGCUGCCCUGGGGGUAAGGGUCCCCAGAGCUGCUCUGGGGGUAAGGGUCCCCAGAGCACAUGCCAGAAGGGUAGCGACCCCCUCUGACCUUAUUAACCUGAACCAAGGGGUAAGGGUCCCUUGGACAGUUCCUAUAACUCGGCCGAUUAUAUUUACAUUGAAUGAGUCUAUGGGCAUGAAGGUGACCUUUGGGAGCACUUCAACCCCACAAAUACAAUAAAGUGUAUCUGACACUUGAGUGUAUUCCCCAUAGACGAACAAUCCCACUCCCACAACAGCUGUAUUCAUAUAGAGGACAGCUUUUGCCAGAUGAUAGUAAGGCUUGUGCAUGUUUGAGAAUUACCAUCGCUUAUACUACAGCUGGAUAGUCAGGGAGGCCAGGAAAAACCUGCAAUACAGGAAACCUGAAUGGGGCCAAGACAAUUAACCAGCAGCUUCCCCACAAAGCUUCUAUGUUACAACUUCUCAAUAGGAGCGUUGGUAACGCGACAAACAUAGCUCUAUCUUGGCAAUUUUUAUUUAUUUAUUUAUUUUUUUUUAAUUUUUUUUUUUUUUAAAUUCAUUUAUUCUUUCACUCAGUUUUAAGUGAUUUUUGAAGAGACCCAAUAUUCUCUUUGUCUAUCCAAAUCGUUUGCUUGAUGAAGUAACUAAUUAAUAACCAUAGAGGAUUAGAGCGUUUCCAGUUGAGACAUAAAUCUUGGAAUAGAGCCUAUGUUGGCAUAAAACUUUAUUACACUUCCCGAAUGAGAACGUUUAUGAAUUAAAAUACCGUUUGUCUGUUUUCCGGUCGAGAAAACGAUGGUGAAAUGGCAGUCGCGUUUAAUGCAGUGGACGAUAACAGACAGAACAGAUUUUGACUUUUUUGUUUAAUAUUGUUGCAGUUUGCUUGAAGUUUUCAACGUAUCAUAAAAGAAAGUAUUCGUAUAAUACAGUUUCUUGGUUUAUUCGGUAUUGCAUUGGUUGGGUCCUCGCCUGUCUACACUACAGACCAGUUUUGAAUUAUUUGAAAUCCUUAGUUUUAUUAUACAGAUAUGAAAUUGGCAACAAUGUUGAUUGUUUAUACACUGUAUUAUCAUUGUGUUUCCCUCCCAGGUCGAAAGCGUUGCAAUACUGAUAAAUAAAAUAUAUAUACACAGUGCCAGUCAGUGGUGUUAUUUUACCUUUCAUUAUAAACAUAUAUCCAAGCUUUUACAGUCUAUAUAAACUAUAGACAUAGUAAAACACACAUGACAUUGUUAUUGAAUAUUGAGUAUUGUGUCUAUUGAGUAUUGACUGAUUUUAUAUAUCGGCAUCGUGAUUUUUAGAGUACAGUACAUCGUCAAUAUAUACAACUGUCUCUACUGUAUUUUCUUCAAGAAAAGAAAAUUCAACCGCAACGCAAAACAACAUUGUCAUUGAAUUAUUAAAGUAUACUAUGACGUAUAUAGAUAGUAGCGCUAUAUAAUUAUGAUAUUGAUGCCAUGUAGCCUAUCACUGUCUCGGGUUUCAUAGCUGGUCUAAAUUGUAUUGGUAGCAAUAGCUAAAUUUUUUGCCCUCGAGAAAGAGCAAUAUUGCUGAUGUGACUGCUCUCAUAUUCCAGGCAUCACACUGUCGUUAUUUUGAGGGAAGUGUGAACGCCUGAGCAGGCGUCUUGUUCCAUUGAAAAGCACAAAGGCGUCAAAGGUUGACCAAACUCUGGGUACAAGGUUGGGUGGAAAUUAAGUUCAAACUCAGUUGAAACAGAAUUAUAGCUAGAUUAUAUAGUAAUAGUAUAUUAUAGGUAAACAAACAUAAUAUAUGAUAUAUAGUGCCAAAUGGCAAAUGUGUGUAAAAACUGACUUUCGAGUUAUUAUUACACUGGCCUGUAGGCCAAGUGUCUUAAAUCCCUCUUUUUCUGUCUUUUCCUGUUUUUUUCGUAGUCGAGAAAUCGAGUUUGCGUUAGCUCAUCGCAGGCUCAGGGUGCAACGACUAAGCCAAAAUGCCAUCGAUCCCCUCGGUUCCAUGAUUUACAUAGUAUAGUAAUAAGUCCGUAUUUAUGUACGUAAUAGCCGACUCAUGCCAUGCUUGUGGUGCAUUUUUCGUUUAUAUUAGCCCAUACACUUGUACGCACGCGCACAAUUCCGAACUCCAAUGGCGGCUUUUCACAGAGUGAUUCCUAUGGAUUUUACGUUGUGUCGUACUCUGGACUUUCUUGCGUGUUGAAUUAAUGUGUUUUUCUUUGUGUAACGACUCGAAAAUUUAGACCCAGCGAAUUUAUACAAUAUAUAGAAGGAUAUUUAAACAAGGACAAGUUAAAGGUUUGACAGUUUGACUUUUUAUUAAACAACUAUAAAUAUACGUCGUGGACUCAUAACAUCCGUUGUGUACUUGUGUUAAUUUUUGCAUCGCACUCUGGACUUUCUUGCCUGUUGAAUUAAUGUUUUUCUUUUUGUAUUAAAGGAUUUUAGUAAUGCAAUCUAGCAAUGGUGACUUUAAAUUUUAACUAUAGAAUGAUCAGAAUUACGACGAAUUACUGUUAUAAAUUAUCAAUAUCAUGAGAUUAAGUUGAUUCCAAGUUAUAAGAUUUUUUAUAAAUUAUAAUUAAAUAUACACCUUAGCCUACCUUAUAGAUUCAAAGUAUAGCAUUUUUAACAACAAUAUACUUUAUUUAUUAUUUAUUGAAAUUGUAAUUAAUGGUUUUAAUUUUUUCAUAGCAAGAAAAAAGUGCAUUAGAAAAAGGAAAAGAAACGCGGAGUUGAAAGAUGGUAACUAUUACGUAAUCAUAAAGGAUUUAAUAAUGCAAUCUAGCAAAGGUACGCUAAGGUAUUAUUAAUUAUUCAUGUUUAUUUCCAUCGAAGGAUCAGAAGAAACAGGUCCAGUCGCAACCCAACAAGCUGAACUUCAACCUCCGGAAGAUGAGAAGGCACAAGACAAAGGUAACUACUACGUAAUCAUAAAGGAUUUUAGUAAUGCAAUCUAGCAAUGAUGACGUUAAAUUUUAGCUAUAGGAUGACCAGAAUUACGACGAAUUACUGUUAUAAAUUUCAAUAUCAUGAGAAGUUGAUUCCAAGUUAUAACAUUUUUUAAAAAUUAUAAAUAAAUAUAUUUUAUUAAUUAUUCACUUUUUCCCAUUGAAUAAUGUCAGAAGAAACAGGUCCAGUCAUAGCCAAACAAGCUGAACUUUAACCUCUGGAAGAUGCUAAGGCACAAGACAAAGGUAACUACUAAGUAAUCAUAAAGGAUUUAGUAAUGCGAUUCCACAACGAUAACAUUAAAUUUUAGCUAUAGAAGGAUCAAAAUAUGCGACGAAUUGCUAUAAGUUAUCGGCAAUAUCUUGAGACGUUGAUUCAAAGUCUCGCAUUUUUAAUUACAGACUACAGUAUACUUUAUUUAUUAAUUAUUAAAAUUGUAAUGGUUUUAAUUUUUUCAUAGCAAGAAACAAGUACAUAAGAAAAAGAACAAGAAACGCGGAAUUAAAAGAUGGGAUGUCAAAAUAUUACAAGCCAGUCAACCCAAACGGACGAAAAAUGAGACGAUAA